CCGGUCGCUCAGCCAAGGGGGAAAAAAGGAACGACGGUCUAACGUGGGGCCCAGCAGUCAAACAGCUGAUCGUGGACCGCGGAAUCGCGGAACUAACCGAGCGGCUGCAGAAUGCUGCGCAUCGUCGGUCUGGCUUGGCGAGCCGCUGGAACUGCGCGCGCAGCCGGAGUAAGCGCGGGAUAUUCAAAUCUCUCUAAACUCAUCCCUGCUGGAUUUACGACCGCGACGACAAAUUGCCGAUGUUUCAGCGCCCUUUCUACUUAUUUUCGACCCCUCGUAGACUCGGCUAAGGAUUCGCGAGUUUCGAUAAUCAGCGAACCUCUAGCAGGGAUACUUUUGCCAGUUCCUAUUCAGUCAACGCAAGUCCCUGUGAGAACGUUGACUAAGUUUUCACUCCAGAAAGGGAAACGAAAAUGUGUGAAGGCGGUCAUCAAGCGAUUCUACAGACUGAACUGGGGUUGUUGGAUUCGCACAAAGACAGGCCGACAUAAGAAACUCUGGAAGAAGUCGCCAGCGAAUAGAAGACGGCUAAGACAGCACGUCUUCGUAAAUGCUACACAAUCUUGGCUGCUGGACACGAUGGUAACCAAUUUCUGGCGAAGGCCUAGAUUCUACGUCAAUGAUCCUUACACUCCGUAUCACUCUAGAGAGGAAUUCAUUUUCACCAGAACUAAACCGUCUUUGAAGUAAUUCUGUAUAAUAUACAUUUCUCGAACCUUACAUGUAUCAAUUCGUGAGGUUAGAUGUAUAUGUUGAACUCGUACCAAUUUUACAUAUAAUGUAACAAAAUGUGAAAAACUAGAAUAAAAGUUAGCCAAGGAUAAGGCAGAAAAAUCAGCAAGAAUCAAAAGAUAAAAACUAUUGAACAAUAGGUAAGAUUUCUUGCAUAUUUUUGAGGCAAUUGAUGGGAACCUGAUCAGUGAGGAAAAUGAGCCUAAAAAUGUAAGGGCUAGAAUAAAAGAACCUAAGUUUGGUCAUCUA